UUGCGCAGCUGUGAUUAGCUGAACGCGCCUCUUGUCUUUUGAUAAAGGAGUCUCAUUCGGGCGACGGCAGACAUGGAGGAGCUGAGCGCCGUGGGAGAGCAGGUCUUUGAUGCGGAAUGCAUUUUAAACAAACGCCUGAGAAAGGGAAAGUUGGAGUUUCUGGUGAAGUGGAGGGGAUGGUCCGUCCAAAUGCACAGGUUUGUUCUGUGGAAACUGAAAUCGGAUCUGAGAGGGGGAGGCAGACACAACAGCUGGGAGCCCCAAGAAAACAUCCUUGACCCGAGACUGUUGGCUGCGUUCAACAAGAAAGAGCAAGAAAAGGAGCUUCUGAUGCGCAAGAAGGGGAAAAGGCCGAGGGGACGACCACGGAAAAUCCUAGAAAACGUGCCCGAAGCUCCAAAGUCAAGCAGCUCUUCGUCUGGCUCAUCUUCAUCAUCCUCUGAUUCCUCAUCCUCGUGCUCCUCCUCUUCAUCCUCAUCAGACGACGAUGACGACGAGGGCCACGCCGAACAGGCAAACCUGAGCGUCAGAACACGAGACCAUCAUCCCGUCCCCCAGAAGAAGGCGCAGAUUGCCGUGGCAAAACAGGAGCCCCCAAAGAAACGGAGCAGGAAACCCCUACCCCCCGACGUGAAGGAAUUUCAACAGAACAAGGGCCCUCGCAAGAUCCCGAAGACGUCCAAAGAUACCGAUCUUCCAGGAGCGAUCAAGAAGCCCGUUCACCCAGCAAGCUUCACAUUCAUGGGUUUUCAUCGGGGCUCGACCAGGGAUGCAGUGGGUGGUCAGAACAAGGGCCCUCUGACCCAGGGCGGGGUUGUUAAAAACUCCAUGGGCUCCGUGGGAUCUGGCAGGUCAGUCCAACCUGCCUCCCCCUCCCUAAACAAGUCCAGCCAGAGCAGGAAUGUCACUGAGGGUAAACUGUCCAUCUCCAGUGUGAACAGCAGUCUGGAUUUGAAAGCAGCUGCUAGUAAAUCAAAAGGGGUAGCAGCGUUAAAUCUGAAUACAUCCAAACACCCAAUUCAAGGGACCACUCAGCAUACACUAAGUUCCCCCAAUGGACAAAAGAAACCCCAGGCCCCUGUGUCAACACUGCAGCGGAUACCCAAUACUAAAGCAGUGGCUUCCUUACCAUCGAAGAAUGCCUCCUCCAAUCAGGGUCCUGGCCUUCAGCCCCUCAACCUUCAUAACAAACUGGUGCAAGGCAACGAUGCUCCUGGAAAUGGCACUGCCCCAGUGUCAGGCCUGAGGAACGCAACGAACCCAGCAAGGAAAACGACGGUCACACAAAAUCAGGAGUAUAAUCCCCCCAAGAGUCCAGCGGCCCCCGGAAGACUGCAGGCCAGAAAGAACCAGCCUGGAGCAGACAAGGUCAAAGAGGCGACUGAAAUCCAGACCCCCAGAGUCCAAGGUAGGCUAGAGAAGAGCAGCGUGCAGAAGUCCUCCACCGAGGUCCAGAGCCAGCAAGAGAGGUCGGCCUCCAAAGACGGCAAGAAAGCCAAAAUGAAUGACAUGAGCACGGGCGAAGACGAGAGCAGCUCAGACUCCGACCAGGACUACGCUGGACAGAAUCGCUCAGUAGCGGUCCAGAACCAGGACUGGAAGCCCACGCGGAGUCUGAUAGAACAUGUGUUUGUCACGGAUGUCACUGCUAAUCUAGUUACUGUCACAGUCAAGGAGUCGCCAACCAGUGUGGGCUUCUUCAGCAUUCGCAACUACUGACAGGACUCCACACACUGCAAACCAGAUGGGACCCUGAAGCAAACAGAGGGCUUUUGGGUUCGGAAGGAUUUAGAUAAACCUUUGGCUGGAGAAUUCCUGAGGAAUGUGUCAGGGAAUGGAGGUUAAUUUGCUCUUCAUCUUAUUUUAGGUAAAAGACCAAUUUUUAGGUUAAAAAAAAAAAAACAAGUUAUGGAUUGUGAUUAUUUAUUUGUCUACAAAUUGUUCAAGAAGUGGCUGUGGAUGGAGGAAGAGAUGCAGAAGGUUCCAUUUUGGUCUCGCCGGAUCUUUGUGGUUUCAGUGAGCCCAAAAUUAGAAAAAUAACUUAUUCAUCUUUGAAGUAUCAAGAUAAAACACCAACGCCCUGUGUAGGUUGCUGAACCUAUACUCAUACAGUCGAUCAUGUUGCUCUCUUCUGUGUCUCUGUUGAGAUGAUCUUUUGUGAUGUAUAACAACAGAUGAGAGGAAUGUCUAAGUGAAGAAAUGAUGAAAGGGUAGGCAUGGAUAGGAGUAGCUUCUUUUAUGGGUAGCAGACAUUUAGUUUGUCAGUGUUGUGAAUCCAUACCAAUCAAUAGCUAAUGUAAAGCAGUUUUUAGUUCUUAGUAUAGUAUUGUUUAUUUUUUAAUGUUUCAUAAAUUAGCUACCUCUUUUUUUCUCAACGUUUGCUGCAUAUGUAUAUUCAUUUCUCAUGGGAUAGGAAAACCUUUCCCUCCAGGGUAUACCAUCAUUGUGUGUCCGUAUGUUUUUUUUUUUUUUUUUAUAUAGCUAAUUGUAUUGGACUCUCGUGCGGGGUGAAAUUGUGUUGGUACCAGCACCCUGAUCGAACGGAAAGAACAGCUUCAUUUCUGGGUCAUGUAAAACUCCAUCAGGACAGCCUCUGACUUCCACACUGUGUCGAACUGUGCGCGCCGUUAUCGCCUCAGUAAGGAGUUUCAUUCCACAGUGCAGCCAGUUUAUCAGCGCAGUUUCCCAAACGGGCUGAAGCAUGUGGGGAGUCAGAUACGGUAUCUCGGUCCCUCCGCUACGUGCAGAUAAGGCUCUUGUCCUGGCAGAGGUUUGCUCUUCUGCCUGCGCAUCAGUUCUGCCCUUCCAGAAGAUAUUCACCAGCGACUUUAAUCUUCUCAGACUCAUAAUUAAUAUGGACAAAGACCAGAGAAUAAGUGCUUGUGUUGAAAUGGCAGGAUGACCAUGGGCAUUCGCACCGGACGAUGCUUCUCCCUCAGACAGUCGGAGCUUCCCAUGAGCCUUUGAGUUCGCUGAAGGCUUUGAAACCACUUUGGCAAAGGACGGGUGUGGACAAUGCUCGAGAAUAAGCAGCUCAGCGUUGUUUGUCGCUGACCACAAAGCACCAGAUGUCAUUCUGUCUGUUGCUACUGGUGUUUCAAACUGAAAUACCAGAUUUGUUUUUUUUUUUUUGUUUUUUUUAACUUGCAGCUGCAGACGUCUCAUUUCACCCGCCUGCAUGGGUUCAGGAGCUGCAGGCCCGGCCUCCCAGAGAAAAAAGAAAAAGGUUUUUAUCUGAUGUAACGGAAAAGAAACCACAACAAUGUGCGCUACUUUCUGCUCCCUCGAGAGGAGUUCAGCAACCAAGCACUUCGACUGAACUCUUCUGUCUAAUCCUGCUCUGCAGACUGUGCCUUUCUUUCUCUCAAAGACUUAACACAAAGGCAUUACCCCAAAGAUGGCUAGAAUUUCAGGUUGUUCAAUAAAGGAGUACCCCUAGAGCAUAGCAUGGAGACUGGACCAGUUUUAUUGUUUUGAAGCGGGAAAGGAAACCACUGCUGGAAGACUUUUUCACAAAUGCAUGGAACAUUUUGAUGCCUUAUUGAAACAAUAAGAGUGGUUUAGGUUAAAGUCAGAGAAGUAGUUUCCAUUCAGGAUCAGCUGAAAAACAAAGUGCAUCAGGCGGUAGGUGAAGAUUAGUCUAGGCACAAUCAGAAUGUCAUUUAUCACCACCAUGUGAUAGGCUAUGGGGUAAUGCAAGGUGUUUUAUAUGGAACAUUCUUUCUAAUGUAUCUGAUUUCUUAUUUGAUGAAAAGAACAAACUUGGCAUAAAUAUGUUUCCAGUUUUUUUAUUUUUAUUUAGAUCUACUAACCAUCUCAUUGGAGUAUUGUUCUCUUUAUAAUCUAUUUAUUUCAAAUCAAGAGCCUUUCAGGGUAGGACAGUGUCAGCAAUCCUUGUAUUGUGCCACUCGUCAAAUUGACUAAUAAAUGGUACAACCUUA